CGUUCAAAAAACCUUACAAAACAAGCUUCGAUGUUUGCUAAACUCAAGCAGAAGAUCGCUGAGGAGGAGACGUCUUCAGAUGGCACUACAUCACAACCUCAAAGCCCUCAAACUCGGCGAUCUAGGACUUCAAAACCAAAGAUCAAUGGAUGGUCAGAAAAUAAGUGGGAAAAAAGACGACUUAGUACUGCAAGUUUAUACGAAUCCAAGGAAUCUGUGUUUAGUGAAUUAUCUUCUACUCCUGGUUAUGGCCGUAGAAGGACUUCAUUCUCGAGUAGAGCUUCAUCAGUCACUCCAACAUGGGCUCCAUCGCCUUGUGAUUCUUCAAAUGCAUCGGUUGGUUCAGGAGCAUCUCGGGAAGAAAUCCUAGCAAUGCUUGCUGAGAAGACAGAACAAGUCGCAAGACUGGAGGGAAAGAUUCAAGGGAUGGCAAGUUUAAUUAAAGAAACUAACAGAACUAAAGACAUGUUAGAAGAGAAACUAGAAAAGCAACAAAAAGAAUCAAGCAGAAAAUUACAAGACCUCGAUGAAGAGUUUGAGCAGAGAAUAAUAAAGAUAAAAAGUGACCAUGAAAAAGCAUUAAAACAAAAAUCUCAAUUUAUUCAAUAUCAAACCGACGCUACUCGAAAAGCUGCUGAAAUACUUGAAAAGAGCAAGCAACUUGACGAACUUGAUCAAGAAUACGCCAAACAGAAGGCAGAGCUUGGAUCACUACAGGACAGACUUGAUGACCUAGCGAGGGAAAGAACAAAAUACGAAGCGCGAGAAAAACAACUUCAGACUAAAGUCACGAGUAUAGAAAAAGAAAACACUUCUUUACGAGACGAGCUGAACCAAACAGUCAGCGAGCUGACACAGAAAUCGCUCCAACUUUCCAGAACUGAAAAGUCAAUGGAAGACACGCAGAGUGAACUAGCAAGCUUGAGACAAUCCUACACUUUUUACAAGAACCAGACAACUACAGAGCUCCAUGAAAAACAGGUUAAAAUCGAGAAUAUAGAAGAAAGAAAUGGAGAUCUUGAACGCAGGUUGCAAGACUGUAAGCUGUCAGGAAACGAUAAGUACGGGGCUCUGGAGAGAGAACGACAAACGCUAGAGGAACGACUAUCAGAGGCAAGAAAACAGCUGAGUGAAUCUAGAGCCGCAUCUAAUGAUAGAAUCAAUACCCUUGGCUCGCUGGUGAGCACUCUGAACGAAAGGCUGGAGCGAAAAGAAACCGCGCUGACAGAAUGUAAACGAAUGCAUGAAAUUGAAACAGCUUCUUUGAAGGACAAGAUAUCUAAUUUAGAAGAACGGCUGGCCAGUUCAAGUCAUCUAUUGCAAGAUAAGGCGAGUGAAUCUGAACGAAUGCAGGCAUUGAUACAAAAGAAUGAGCAACUUGAGCGGGAUCUUGAGAGAGCUCGACAAAAUAUGAAUUGCACGAGUAAAUCAGCUGAUGAACAAAUAUCCAAUAUGGAAUCUGAGAUCAAUCGACUAGAGGAUUUACGCAUACAGGAACAUGAAGAAGUACAAAAGAAAAUGGGUCGUUUAAAUGAAAUAGAAAAGGAAUAUUCCGUCCGUGUGGACCAGUAUAAACAACGCAUCGCUGACCUGGAAGAAGAGAAAGAACAGCUCCAGGGAGAAUUAGACUCUCAGACAGAGGAACUGCAACAAGUAUCACUGUGUCUGGAAGAUGCCAUGACUCGAACCAAUGAGCUGAAGAGUCAGAUUGCUAAUUUUGAACAAAAUCUAAAAGACAAGGAUGGAAUGUUAAACUGUGUCAGAGAUUCCAAGGGAGAGCCUUCUGAUAUUCAGUACGGGUCCAUAUCAAGUGUAGACGCUGUUAAUGCUUUACGAAAAGACCUGGAUAGUACCAGAUUGAGAUGUAAAAAGUCUGAAGACGCCCUUUUAGAAAGAGAAAAGACAAUACUGCAGCUAAGAAACAAACUGAAGGACAAGGAAGAUGUCAUGAAUCGUCUCUCUACAAGGCUCAAGCAGUACGAGGAGAAUAACCGGUUUGUCAAGAAUGACAGGAUUUACGCCUCGGAUGCACGAGAUAGUCAUAAAGUUAUCGCAGCUUUAAGACAGCAAAUAAAAGAGAUGCAACGACAGUCAACUGAACGAGAGAUGCUGCAGCUAGACGAAAAUGAACUCAAAGAAUUAAGGCAAGACAGUUUACGACAAGAAAAAGAACUACAAGAAAAAGAGAAAAAAAUAAAACUAUUGCAGUCGAAACUUGCCGAACUAAAGAAAGCUUUUCAAAGAGAAUUGAAGCUACCUCUGCCAGAAGAAGAGAGUGGGAUUUCCGUCACUCCAGAAACACCGCCUUCAGAGUCAACAAGUCGGUCAGAGAAGGAACGAAUGGAAUAUCUCGAUAUGAAUUUCAAAUACUUAAAACACGUGAUAUUCAAGUUCAUGUGCAGCGAUAACAAACAGUCUCGACAGCUCCUCAAUGUCAUAGCACACAUGCUGAACUUCACUUCCAAAGAACAAAAAUGUGUGCAAGAUGCGUUUGAAUGGAAGUUACCCAUCGACUGACAGAGAGACACCAAAAGCAACAGGUUAUGAAGGAUCCCUUCCUUACUAGACCACAUGUUACGCGGUGCGCCCCACGCAAUUCCUCCAUGGGAUAAAUAGCGUGACAGUCACGCUCAAUGGACUACAGGACUAUAUUCUGUCACCAAAGAUGGCGUUACAGUUGCAAAGUUGAGUAUUAAAAGAACUAACUACGACAUUCUGCGAGAGGACUAAUUCAGGAGAAUAUAAAUGAGCACACAUUCAAGCCGUGAAAAAGCAACAUAGUCGUGACUUGUCACGUGAUAUGUGACGUCAAAAGAAUAAGAGGAGAAAAAGAAAAAAUUACCAAACUUAAGAUAUUUUAAAGCAUAUAUUUUAAUGUAUAUUUAUUAGGAGAAAUCGUAUGUCUUUAUUAGUGCUAUAUAAAUCUUUGUAUAAGAUAUAGUGAAUAUCUAGACGGUAGAUAUCGUGUGAUAUGCUGAAGAAGAAUUAUAUUUAUUAAUUUGUGUAUUUAUACUAGAUUUAGACCAGGUGUAUAAAAUUUCUAAAGUACAAAACAGAAUUAAAAAAGGGAAUCAUUGCAA